UCGUUGAUUAACUGUCAUAAAUUAACCUUGUCUGUGAUAAAUGUGUCUAGCUCUGGCUUAAUUUGUGCUUUUUAUAGUGGCCGUUUGUUAAAAAUUUGAUCGUACUUAAGCCACAGCGGAACGUUUCGGUUCUGGGGAAGCAAGCACAGAAGGAAAAGUCGGUAGGACCGGAGCCCCGGACAGAGUUAACGGUAACACCAGCUGGAUACAUGUGAGUGAUAGUGUUGUCGUGGAGCGAUGCAGCGGCUGUACGUCGGCGGGUUGAGCCAUUCGAUCACUCAGAAGGAUCUGAAGGAUCGAUUCGGGAAGUUUGGAGACGUGCAGGAUGUGGAGCUCCGGACCAGGAGGGACGACGAGGGUGUUCCUUACAAAACCUUUGGCUACAUCAACAUCAACAUUUCAGACGCUGACCUGAAGAAAUGUCUGACGGUGCUGAACAAAUCCAAAUGGAAAGGAGGAACUCUGCAGAUUGAAACAGCCAAGGAGAGUUUCUUGCACAGACUGGCUCAGGAGCGGCAGGCGGCGGAGGAGCAGCGCCUCCAGCCACCUGCAGCUGAGGACAAGAGACAGAAGCUGCUGGACUCCCUGAGCAAAGCCGGCGUGGACAACUUCACCAUGAAAGCUGCAGUCCCAGGGACCGAAGUACCAGGACACAAGGACUGGGUGGUCAGUAAAUUUGGACGAGUCCUCCCCGUCCUGCAGCUCAGGUGUCAGAAAGGCAACAGAGCCCGAACCCUGAAGUACGACCCGUCCAAAUACAGCCACAACAUCCGCAGGCUGGACCGAAACGCAGCCGACGAGCCCACGCCUGUCACCCAGCUCACCUGGGAGGUACAGGGAGGGGACGAUGACAUCAGCAAAAAGAGGAGGGGGGAGUUCCCUGCAUACGAACCACCGAGACCCAAGAAGAGUCGGAAAGACGUAGUCAACUCCCACAAUGCUGUGGGCAGAACCAGAUUCGAUCACACCGAGGCUCAUCACAUCACCAACGGAUUUGAACCACAGACCAACCACAGGCCGGCUCAGAGGAAGUGGGCACCUGUAACCGGCAGUGACGUCGAUUCAGACGAGGAAAUCCGCAGGCUGGUGGCAGCUGAGAACACCUCCCAUGGUGCACUGCAGCAGGAAGUGGAGGAGGAUAACCUGGAGGUGGUUGGACUUGACUAUUUGGAGAAGUCAGGACGCUCCCGACAGCAGCAGAGAGGUAAGCCCGAUGGCGAAGACGAGGAUGACUAUGAUUCAGCUGACACAGAUGAACUCUUCGCCUCGAGGAAACCUCCUCCUCCUCCAUCAUCAUCACAGGAGAAACAGACACUGCCCACUGCAGAGCACCUGUCAGUGAACAACACCAACAAGAAGAAGAAGAUGAAGAAGAAAGUAAAGGAGGAGUAGAAGAGGAGGAGGAAGGAGGAGGAGGAGGAGGAAGAUCAUCUCACCUUGAGGAAAUCUUCCUGUGCAGAGCAGAAAAAGGAUUCUGGUAAACAGAGCUCUCAGAAACAAGACAGCAGCUCUGACAACCAGAGUAAGAAGAUGACAGUCCUACCUGCUGUAAAACCCCCUUUAUCAGAAUCAGACAGUGAUGAGGAUGAGGAUGAUGAAGAUGAAGAUGAGGAUGAAGAUGAUGAGGAGUCAGAAUCAGCUGACUCCUGUUCAGAUUCUGAUUAUGAAGCAAUGUUUUCAAAUGUCACCUGUCUGGAGAUUUCUCUGGCUGAUCUACAGAGGAUAGCUGAAGAAUCCCAGCAGACCUCUGAAACUACAGCUCCCAGCAUCCUCAGCGCCAACCCCAAGCAAGAGACUAAACCAGCUCCCAAGAAAGGCACAACUCCAGACGAGAUCCUCGCCUCCAUCAUGGAGGACGACAGCAGUGAUGAUGAAAAGAAGAAGAAAAAGAAGAAAAGAAAAGUUGUGUCAGCGCCACUGCCUGCCUUCCAGGGUACAAAAACACUGAAAGAGGGAUCAGAAACAAAUGACUGCCUGAAGACACAGACAGAGGAGGAGAAGGAGAAGGAGGGAAGAGGAGGUGUGGUCAAAAAACAGAAGCUGGAUGCUGAAGCUCCUCAAGUAGACCACAAAACAGCUGACGGCAAAAUCAGCAGGACUCUGAGCAAACAGAACAUGUCAGAGAGCAGUGAGGAGGAAGAAGGAGAAGAGGAAGAAGAAGAGGAAGAAGAAGAGGAGGAGGAGAGAGAAGAAGAAGAGGAAGAGGAGGAAAGGAGGGAGGUAGUGAAGAAUUUGCAGCAACUGUUACCUUCAUCCUCCAGCUCCUCUAGUGAGGAAGAUGAGGACGAGCAAAAGAUAAACUCUGUUAAAGAUGCUAGGAAGACUGCGCUGCCCCCUGCUCCUCAGAGUGAGUCCUCCUCCAGUGAGGAGGAGGAGGAGGAGGAGGAGGAAAAGCAGGCUCCCUCCCGGGUGACAUUAGGAGCUGAGGAGGAAGAGGAGCGGCAGAGGAAGGCCAACGUGAAGAGGCUAGCUGCCAUCCAGCAGAGACUGAAAGAGGCUGAUGAACACAAGAAGCUCAUCCAGGGAGCUCUAGCCAACCUGGAUGCCUCAACACCAGGAGCAGGGAAACACAUAGUUUUUGGCUCUGAUGACGAUGAGGAGGAGGAUGGCGAUGAUGAAGAUAAGCAGCAGACGUCAAAGAAGACCCUGUUCCAGGAGAGCCAAUCAGAGGACGAGGCCACAGGUGACGAGGCAUCAGCCAAUGAGAACGACACAAAAAAAGACAAGGUGCGUCUGAAGCCCUCAGGCCCUCAGCUGUUUGGCGGCAGCGAGGAUGAGGAGGACGGUGCUGAAGAGGAGGAUGGCAGCAGGUUUGACAUCAGGCCUCAGUUUGAAGGUCGAGCAGGUCAGAAGCUGAUGGAGCUGCAGUCUCGCUUCGGGACGGACGAGCGUUUCCGGAUGGACUCCCGCUUCCUGGAGGAGGACAAGGACAAAGAUGAGGAGUCAGAGAGGAAGAGGAGUGCAACAGAGGAAGAUGAAGCUCUGGAGGAGGAGAGGAAGAAGAACCUGUCCAUCCUGCAGAGUGUCCUCGGCAGCAGCCAACAAACCUGCAGCAGCAAGGCCGCCGGCAAAGCCAAGACAUUCAGAGACGUCGCUGCGCUGCACUACGACCCCAGCAAAGAGGAACACGCUGCGUUUGAGACCAAAACAGAGGAAACCAAGGAGAGCAAGUCUGCCAGGAGGAAGAAGAAAGAAGAGGCUCAGAAGCUUCCAGAGGUUUCUAAAGAGAUUUAUUACGACGUGUCCGGAGACCUGAAGGCUGUUUUUGGUGCAACAAAGUCUGACAGCGUCAGUGGAGGAGAAGAGAAGAUGAACUGGGACCAAGAGGAAGAAGAAGAAGAAGAAGAGGAGGAGGAGGGAAGAGGAAAAGAGGAAGAGCAGACCCUACUGUCGUCUCUCGUCUCUGCUGAUCCCAGCGCAGGGAAAGAGGAGUCGUCUGGAUUUAAAUUCUCCUUCUUUGGAGAUGACGCAGAAACAGAGAGUAGAGAAACAGUGGAAUACAAGGUGGAGAGCAUCCAGGCUCCAAAGGUGUCAUGGCAACAAGACCCUCGUUUCCAUGACAGCAGCACGGAGGAGGAGGAGGAGGAGGAAGAGGAGGAGGAGCAGCAGCAAACUACUACUACCAUUAAAACCAAAAGCAAGGAGACUCCUUCAAAGACAGACCUCUUCUUCUUCUUCUACCCUGAAGACAGCAGGUUGACAGAGGGUCCCCAGUCGUUCUGUCGCUCCUCUCAGCUGGAGGAGCAGAGGGAGCAGUGGGAGGAAAGGAGGAGCACAUUGAGACAGGAGUACCGCAAGAAACACAAGGAUGCCCGCAGGAAACUGAAGUCCUCCCUGAAGAGCUGAGGAUUAUAUGUGUUUCAGUGUGCACACAUUGUCUGGACUUCACAAUUAAGGGACUGUGAGAUUAUUUCUCCCUCUCAGACUGAUUUUAACAGUCACACAGAGAGAGACCAAACAGCAGCUGAAGACACAGACUUAGAGUGAAAGUUAUCAGAUUUAUUUUUUCAUUUUAGUAAAUCCUCAGAGAUAUUUUGCCUCCUGUUGGAAUAGGUGCACCUGAUGUUCUCGUUAGUUUGCCAUGGAAACAAUGCUGCAAAUGAACUGAAGGACAGUCAGCAGCUGCAGCCAAUCACAGCUUCAGAGGACCAAACCCGUCAGGAAAUACAUGAAUAAACAACAUGGUCAAACAAACAGAGAAAUUAGGGUAUUUAUAAUAAAAACAAAAAUAAAUAUGAAAAAGUGUAAUAACUUUUUUUCUGCAUUAUUUUAUCUUCCACUGUUGCCUCAGGAUUUACGAUGGAAGUGUUUUCUUCCUGCAUAGUCAUUUAUUUCUCUAUUUAUUUGGCCAUUUUAUUCUUUUUUUUUUUUUUUUUUUGAAGUUGUCAGUUUUGGUCCUCCACACGUUGCCUCAUAUUACUGUGGACUAAAAUAAAAAUAAGAUUUUGUCUAUUUGAA